AUGAACAACGAUCCACAAGACUUGUCUCCACUCACAAUAUCAACCUCAAGCUCAGUUGCCACCCCCGUAUCUUCUUCUAAACUGAAUAUGGUAAAAAAGCCAUCUACUGAACCGAAGAGAAGACGGGUUACUCGCGCUUGUGACACAUGUCGUGCAAAAAAAGUCAAAUGUGAUGGUAGACAACCUUGUAUUCACUGUACCGUGUAUUCAUUUCGUUGUACCUAUGAUGAACCAAAUAUUAGAAAUAAAAAGAACUCGGGUAUUCCCAAGCCAUCACUGCCUAAUGUUGUUGCUGCAUUACAGGCCGCAGCAGCAAAUGGUACAUUAUACAAUGAUCACGACCAACUGUUGAGAAAUUUAGGUGGUGCUGCUGCUGCCAAUACAGCCAAUGCUGCUGUUAAUGGUAGCCAAGUGAAUGCUUCUAUUGCUACUGCUGCUUCAAACCCACCAAAUGGUGUACCAAUCGACUCAUUCCCAACAAAGAACUUAAUCAUUGCUCAGCAAAUUAUCAGUGCACUACUCCCCAAACUACAAUUCAGCUGUUUAGACCAAAACUUGGAUUUCGAUUUAGAUAGAUUUCAAAAGAUUAUUUCCCACAUGAGUCAAAAGUCGUCUUCAUUUGUAUUAAAUACCAAUGAAAUUGCUGAUUUGAUGCACGACAAAGAAUCUAUAGUACCGCCGCCAAGAAAAGCAUCAGCAGAAACUUUUAGUGACGAUUAUACUGCGACAACACCUCGUGAAGUUAAAUUAAUCCUUCCUAGUAAAGAAGAGGCAUUGGAAUUGAUUUACACCACUUGGAACAAAGCAUGUGUUUUGUUUAGAUUUUAUCAUCGACCAUCACUUAUUCAAGAAAUAGAUUUACUAUAUUCAUUGGACCCUAGUGAGUAUGGUGAUAGACAACAAAAAUUUCUUCCUUUUCUUUAUUCAAGUUUAGCCUGUGGAUGUUUAUUUAGUAAAUCACCAUACAAGAAAACUUCACAUAAUGAGAAUCUAGAAGAUGACGGAUUCAAGUACUUUUUGGAGGCUAGGAAGUUGAUGGAUAUUACCAAUGUUGGUGAUAUAAGUUCAAUUCAAACUAUUGUCAUGAUGAUUAUGUAUUUACAAUGUUCAGCUAGAUUGUCUACUUGCUAUUCAUAUAUUGGAAUAGCUCUUAGAAGUGCAUUAAAAGAAGGAUUACAUCGUAAUUUAUCCAUUUUUCAGAAUUCCAAACGCAAAUUAGAUCCAAUGGAGAUUGAUACUAGGAAAAGGUUAUUUUUUACCAUAUACAAAAUGGACAUCUACAUCAAUAGUUUACUAGGAUUACCUCGCUCACUUACCGAAGAUCAAUUUGAUCAAGAAUUGCCAGAUGAUUUAGAUGAUGAAAAUGUCACUAGACAAGGGUACUUGUACGAGAAACAAGGAGGAAGAUUAAGCUCGGCAGGUUGUGCCAAUUAUCACACCAAAUUGAUGUUUAUAUUGUCACAUAUUCUUAAAGAAUUAUACCCUGUCAAGAUUACAAAUACCGAGGAAAACAAGUUUUUACAUGAGCAACGACAACACGAGCAGAAUCAGACUCAGGAGUCCAACCAGUCACACACAUCGCCAGCAAGUCUGCAAGUAUCACCACACCUGCAACCACAACCUCCACAACCGGUGAAGCAAGAGUCACAACACCCAUUCACAAAGUCACCAACAGUGCCAAUGUCCACUCUUGGAAAACUUCCCCUGACCUUAACCACCCCUUUACCAUCGGCACCAGAUAGAAUUCAUACCAAGGUUACUGAAUUGGAGAUGGAAUUGAAGAUAUGGUUGGACAGUUUGCCACGUGAAUUACAACCUACUGAUCCUAAUGUGGAGAGAACAGAUAUCCCUGAGAAGUUUGUUCUUGCCAACUAUUAUCUACAUUUGUCAUUUUUAAAUUGUCAAAUUAUGCUUUAUCGUCCAUUUAUCCAUUUUGUUAGUGAUUCAAUGAAUGGAUCUUUAUCAGAUCCCAGAUCAUUGAUCAGAGGGCGCAAUUGUAUCAAAAUCGCACGUAUGGUUGUGAAAUUAGCAAACAAGAUGAUUGAUGAACAGUUGUUGAUUGGAACAUAUUGGUUUUCAAUGUACACCAUUUUCUUCAGUAUCGCAUGCUUGAUGUAUUAUUUCCAUUUUUCAAACUACAACAACAAUGGACUUGGUGUGAAUGCAUGUGGUGUAUUAUUUGAUGAUGACUUGAAUGUUGAAGUAAUUAAAAAGGAUAUUGAAAUUGGAAAAAAAGUGUUGGAUUCAUUAAAGGAUUCAUCUAAUAGUUCGUUGCGAAUUUAUAAUAUGUUGAAUACGUUGUUUGAACAAUUGAAUCGUAGGACAGCAUCGAAAACGGUAUACAAGAAACAACAACAGCAACACCAGCCAUCAUCUUCGCAAUCAACCCAACAAGCUGAACAAGCUCAACAGCAAAUGCAACAAAACGCCAAUAUUCUUCUUCAAGAAAAUGUGAAGAGUACAUUUAAGAAUUUUGAUGAAAAUAAUCGCUAUGUGAACGGUUUUAAAAAGGAUGAUUUGAGUGAAUUUUUCAAGGACGCCAGUAUUGCUCGAUUUCAAUCAACGUCAGAAAUUCCUAAAGAUUUAGCUAAUAUCGAAAAACUCCUGGUGAUUAAAGAAGAAGAUAACGAAGAGAUUGGCGGUAAUGUUGGAGCUGGUCUUACUUCCAAUUACAUGCCGGGUGUGUUUGAUAAACUUGAUGCACAAAUAUUUGGCAAGAUUCUUCCACCUUAUAUGUAUGAUCAGCAACAUUUGCCAAAUAAUCAAAAGUUCCAACAACAACAACAACAACAACAACAACAACAACAACAAGGGCAGCCACAGCAGCCACAACCAUUUCAGCAACCUCAUCAACAACAAUAUGCUUCUACCGAGCAGCCACAGCAGUUUACACAAUAUGAGCCGGAACAAGGAAGUAACAUCUACAAUUCCCAAAAUUCGUUUGUUGCUAACAACAAUAACAAUAAUUACAAUCCUGAUGAAGAUUUAAAUUUUGAAGAGAUUUUCGGUGCUUUGGAUGGAUUUGCACCAGGGAACAUGAGUGGUGGUGUUGGUGGUAACAAUCCUAUUGAUUAUUUAGCACCAUUUUGA